CAAACGGACCAGCUGCUGUCAGACAGCACCUCCCUGAUGGGUCACAAAUCCUACCAUGAUAUUAAGAACCAAUCAGAGGGCAGCUUUAAUCUGCUGCUGCUCAUCAUCCAGGGUCGGUCCGUGGUCCUCAGAGCGGGCAGGAGGCCAGGUCCAUACUGUGCUCUCAGAGUUUGGGUUUAAAUCAGAGACAUCUGGGCUCUGAUUGGUGGGAUUAGAGCAACAGGAUUAACGUUGGAUCUGCAGCAAAGACGGCCAGAGGCAGAGGAAGGUGGAUGGAAACGAAGAGAACGGCAAGGACGCUGCCAAAGGGACUGGGACCAGGUUAUUCUGGACUUCUUCUACAGAGACCACAGCAGGGACACCAGCAGGUACCACCAAGGGGACUGGGACAGGUUCAGAGAGGACAGGGGCUAAUGUCCUUCUUUCCAUCCAGGUUAGACCAUGUUUGCUGGCCGAGCAUCGGCAGCUGGAGCUGCAGGACCAUCGGCUGCCAUGACUGGAGGGAAAGCUGGGAAGUUCACCGUGGAGGAGCUGUACGGGUUCACCAAGAAGCCAAAGGUGAACAGAGGAACCUCUGCCAAGCAGGAGAACAGCAACAGGAGGAAGGAGGCAAAGGAGAAGGAUCUGAGGGACAAGGAGGAAAAGGAGAAGGAGGAGAUGGAGCUGGCCUCUCAGAUCCUGGAGGCUGCCAGGAGACUCAUGGAGAGACGGAGGCUGGAGAUCUACCUGAAGGAGUGUGACAUCACCUUGGAGCAGAGCAGCAUGCCCUACAGGAACCUGGGGAAGUCUGGACUCAGAGUGUCCUGCCUGGGUCUGGGAACCUGGGUGACCUUCGGCUCUCAGAUCUCUGAAGAGAUGGCAGAGAGUGUGAUGACGGUGGCCUAUGACAGCGGGGUGAACCUGUUCGACACGGCAGAGGUUUACGCAUCAGGAAGAGCAGAAAGGACUCUGGGGAACAUCCUGAAGAAGAAAGGAUGGAGGAGGUCCAGUUACGUGGUCACCACCAAGAUCUACUGGGGAGGACAGGCGGAGACGGAGCGGGGGUUGUCACGGAAACACAUCAUCGAAGGUCUGCGUGGGUCUCUCUCCAGGCUACAGCUGGACUAUGUGGACAUCGUGUUCGCCAACAGGAGUGACGUCAAUGCGCCUAUGGAGGAGAUCGUGCGUGCGAUGACCUUCGUGAUCGAGCAGGGUUUGGCCAUGUAUUGGGGGACGUCCCGCUGGAACGUGGUGGAGAUCAUGGAGGCGUACUCCAUCGCCCGCCAGUUCAACCUGAUUCCCCCGGUCUGUGAGCAGGCAGAGUACCACUACUUCCAGAGGGACAAGGUGGAGCUGCAGCUGCCUGAGCUCUACCAUAAGAUCGGAGUGGGAGCCAUGACCUGGUCUCCGCUAGCCUGCGGUCUGCUGACGGGGAAGUACAACCAGGGCGUCCCCGAAAGCUCCAGAGCCGCCAUGAAGAAGUUUGCCAGACUAUAGAAACAAACCAAAGGCCAGACGGUUUUAAUCAGUGAAGCAAAGAUGGCGGAUUAUUUGUCCCGCAGAGACAGACGGGUGUGUCUCUGUCUUCCAGCCUGGUGUCUGCGCAGUGAAGGCGUCAGCUCGGUCCUGCUGGGAGUGUCCAACACGGAGCAGCUUCUGGAGAACCUGGGCUCUCUCAGGGUCCUGACCCAGCUGACUCCGCCCCUCAUUGCAGAGAUGGACGCGUUGCUCGGCAACAAGCCACGAAACCCCAAGAAGGAGCGACGGAGCUGAGGAGGAGGAGGAGGAGGAGGGACCUUCAUCAGGAGACACUGGAGGACAGACAGACAAGGAGUGGACAGUAGAGCCUCACUGUCCAGAUGGGACUCUGGUCGCCAUGGAUACAGAGACUCUAGAUGUUCUGACAUAGAUCCAUCAUUAAUCACCUGAGCAUCUGUGAGGAUCUACAUCUGCUGUCCAAUCA